AUGUCUAAUAACGAAAUCCCGAUCGUCGUCGCCCCCCGCCCCGUCCGUCUUUCUCCCUCCUUCUUCGCUGCCGACAGGAUCGCCUUCAAUGUCCCCGAGGCCCUCAGUCGCGCCUCCUCGCGUUCAGCCCUCCCCUCAGAGGCUCUUGAAGAGUUCCUCUCCAUACUCACCCCCUCCUUCAUCCACAAACCACGCUCGAUCGCAUUCCCCGCCCUUCUCCCAGACCGCAACAUCAGUUUCCGCCAGGUCCAGCAGCUCGACACCCACGACUCCUCCCUCAACCCAGAGUCUCCAAAGAGCGACUCCAAACCCGCCCAUGUCGAGACAGACGUCCGCUGGUUCUCCUCUGUUCUCCUCUCUUCUCCUGUCUCUCGCAUGCACACCCGCAACCCUUUUCAGAGGAGUCGCGAUGCCCGUUCUCCCCCUCCUCUUCCUCCGUUGACUCCAGCUGCCGUUCCUCUUCCGCCCUCUCCCGCCCCCGAUUCCAUCGACACCUUAUGA